AUGUUCAAGUCCCAGCAGAAGCUGAAGCUCACGAGUGCCGACGCGAUCUACUGCUUCGUCUCCGGACACUGCAACAACACGCAGGUUACUGAAAAGACAACGAUGCAGGAAGCGGAAGGCAUCUGCAACAAGCUUUAUGGACAGAGGUGGACAGAACUCGGCUGGAAGGACUACAUGGCGGUGCUGGCACGUGCCCUGGAGGUUGCGACCAAGCACCACAUCCCCAAGGAGUGGAACUUCACCGGAUGGGGCUCCCUCGUUAAAAUCGCCCGUCAUGAGGCCGGGAUUUCAGCAAUGACUGCGUGUGCAAUGGGAAACUUCCAGUGCGACGUCACCUACUGCCAGAUGAACUAUUGCCACAACGACCGAUUCCGAGCAAAGUUCGGAAACUUUUCGUGGUCGUAUCCUGACUAG